AUGCCUCCUUCCGGUACCGAACAGGCCAAGCAAAAGUUCCAAGAGGGCAUUCAAAAGACACGAGCGCCCGCCGACCCCUCAAGUGGUCCGACAGGUACAAACCCGAAACUGGGUGAUUUCGUGUCGAAGCUCGCCAAGGGUGAGACGGAGGCGUCGACAUACACUGCUAAGGGUGGACCGAGUGGAACCGACAGGACAAAGGAACCAGGUGGUUUGUAG